GCAGCUCUACGUCACUUAUCUACCUUAAGUUAGGAUCGCUCACUACGGCCUUGGAUGCUAUGGUAUCAGACGCCUCCAGAUAUUGUGCUAAAGGCAUGCCCUGCCUGAACUCGAUCAACAACAUCAUCACCAUCCUCCUCCCUCUAUCUUCCCAAAGUCGUACCACCGUCCGGACAGUCGCAGUCACAACAUCUCGUCAUACAGCGCAGUAUCGAAUGCGUCUUGGAAGACUUGAAGCCAAGUAUCAACUUAUCAUGGUUUGACCCGAGAUUUUGGAAUGAUAAGCCUCCAUGAAGGUCCAAUAUGCAUACCCACUCUUCUUGUCGGCAGGAUUGACGUUUGGACACGAUCAGAGGCUUCUUGCCAAAGAGGAUGCUCUACACGCGUGCAACAGCCUUGCCGACGACUUUCCAGGACUGGUCGUCUUCCCCCACGACCCGGAGUAUGCAUCACAGCAGAAUCGGUAUUGGGCGUCAAAUCAGGCAGACUCGCAGCCAAAUUGCCGUCUCGUCCCCAGGACCAGCGAAGAUGUCAGCAGUCUCAUCUCUCAGCUAGUUCAUCUGGAAGAGGGCGUGAAGUUUGCUAUAGCCAGCGGCGGCCAUCAUACCGCAGAGGGAGCGUCGAACCUGGAUGAUGGCAUCACCCUGGAUCUGUCAGGCCUCGACUCUAUCGCCCUCGCCGCUGACCAUUCGUUUGUUGAAGUUGGUACAGGUGCGCGAUGGCUCGAUGUUUAUCAGUAUCUUGGGCCUCGCGGCCUCAUGGUCAGUGGAGCAAGAGUCGCAUCAGUCGGAGUCGGCGGGUAUCUGCUCGGUGGCGGCAUAUCUAUAUUCGCAAGCCAGUAUGGCUGGUCCGGUGAUAUGGUCGAAGCGAUCGAGCUCGUUCUAGCAAAUGGCACUAUUCUAGAGUCCAACGAGACACACCACGGCCGACUUUCUACUGCUCUGAACGGUGGCGGCAGCAAUUUCGGCAUAGCGACAAAGUUUCGUCUCAGAACGUUCCCAGCUCAACCACUGCAUAUGGCGCUCCUCGCUUUCUCUCCGGAACAGGUUCCUGUCCUGCUCCACGAGCUGACGACUUUCGCAAGAAAUGCCCAUGUCGACCCUGCUACCUCCGUCGACCUCUCCAUAGGAUUUGACGGUGCAGCAGCACAGCCAGUCUAUGUCCUUAUGCUGACCCACUUCGGUCCUCGUCCCGACGAGUCGUCGUGGAAGCCGUUCCUUGAGAUCCCAGCCCUAUUCCGGUCCAUUCAGCAGGCCAGUCUGACUGAAAUGGCCGAGAUGAUGGAGGUCAAUAACCCGCCUGGGUUCAGGUCACACAAAGUCACCUUCACAGUCCACAACGACGCUGUCAUUCUUCACCAGCUUGCCGAGCUUUUCACAUUGGCCAUGCAGAACAGUUCACUCCAAGUAGACGGCUACUUCCGAGCAGGCAUUCUCGUUCAACCACUCACUCUGCCUCAUAUGCGUUACGCUCAAGAACGCGGUGGUGCCAAUUUCCUGGGUCUCGAUGACGAGCAGGAACCCCUGAUGCUUUUGUCCAUCGAGUUCCGAUGGCUCUUGAGAUCCCAUGACCAAAUCUACACGACUACCCUGGACACGCUCCUGCGGCGAUGCGAAGCUAUAGCAACAUCCGGAGCCCUGCUCCAUCCAUUCCGAUACAUCAACUACGCAGCCGCGGGUCAGGAUGCGUUCGCACUCUUAAGACAGCGGGGACACGGGCACCGACUCGAAGAAGCGCGAAUGCUGAGAAUACUGUACGAUCCGACGGGCUUCUUCGACAGGCGGUUGAAGAGCCCUUUCAAGAUUUGAUACUAUGGUCAUGCUGCGGCACGGCGGCGAGAGCUGGCUGUCGUGACUUAGGCAAUUGGAAACAAACCAGCGCACACGGGAUGUAACCUUCAAACGCGUGAUAUGACGACGAACACUCGGCGGCGGACUGCUAUCCCCCCAGGCGUUGUAACGUGAAAAGACUGCGUUGCGACCAACCACCCUUCGCAUUACACCUGCGUUGUCCAUGGGCAAUUUCGGAAUGCGUGGCCCUGAAGAGCCAACGAGAAGUGAUGGCACAAGUGACGGUAACAGUCCCGUAUCCCUCGGGUAUCAUGUAGGAAUGCAAUCUUCAGCA